AUGUCCCAAGAGUUGUCUUUCGACCUUCUGGCGCGGCAGUACGGUGUCGACUUUGGAGAAAGCACGUAUGGUGUUCAGCCGUAUCAAAAUAGCAACCAAGGGUUCACGCCGAGGUAUGCCCAGGCCGACGCUUCCACGCGACUAGCAUCUUUCCGAUGGCAAGCAUGCGAGACCCCUGCUCCAAGCCCUCCAGUCAGACAGCCGCCUAUUUAUCUCGACGAUGGCCAGCUGCUAGCUCAUCACUUUGACUUUGAGAGAGCUGAAGCCGCUGGACUGCUGGCGCCAUCCGUACAGCGCGUAUCAUCUGCAGCACAGCCGAUGCCGACGACUCUAACCCUUCCUCCCUUUCCUCCUGCGAGCUCGAACAGCGCCGCUCACACGUAUGGCGCUAGACAAGAGCAGCCUCGACAGCUGCCAUCUAGCAAGGCAGACGAAAUCUUCGUUGAGCCAGAACCAGGAGUGCUGGAGGCCGGAGACAAUGUUGUUCUGUCGGCCCCUACGGGCUCGGGAAAGACCGUCGUUUUCGAGCUUGCGUUGCUUCGCAUGCUGACACGAGAGCCCGAAAGCGUCCGCGCCGUCUAUCUGGCGCCGACCAAGGCGCUCUGCUCCGAACGGACCCGAGACUGGUCGCUUCGAUUCGGAACCGUCGGUUGUGGUGUGACCGAGCUCACGGGCGACUCGUUGCACGGCCUGCAUGUCGCUCGAAAGAGCCGCUUGAUCAUCACGACGCCCGAGAAGUGGGACAGCCUCACUCGCAAGUGGGAUGAGCAGUCGGGCAUUCUCUCCACCGUGCGCCUGGUCCUCAUCGACGAGGUCCAUAUCCUGAACGAGCCACAGCGCGGCUCACGCCUCGAGGUGGUCAUCACCAGGAUCAAGUACAAGAGCAGUCAGGCACGCUUCGUCGCCGUAUCGGCGACAGUGCCAAAUCUGGAAGACGUUGCUGCAUGGAUCGGGUCCAACGUCCGACACGGCCGUGCUUCUGCCUCGCUAGCAGAAACAGCCCCAGCCGAAAUCCUCAAAUUUGGCGAAGCAUACCGACCCUGCCAGCUGGACAAGCACGUCUACGGCUAUCCCAAAGCCAAGGACGAGUUUGCCUUCCAGUCGUACCUGAACCAUAAGCUCACGGAUCUCAUCCAGACCCACGGAGCGGGACGGCCCUGCCUUGUCUUUUGCGCCACGCGUCGUUCCACCGUUCAAGCAGCAAAGGCCAUCGCCGAAGGAUCCAAACAAUUGGGCACAGGACCUGUCGAUGCUGCCCGCGCAAUCACCGGUGAUCAGUUGGAGCCCGAGGCUGGGAACUUCGACGAUCAGGACCUUCAGACGUUCUGGUCGUCACGCGUCGCUUUCCACCAUGCCGGGCUUUCGCAGAACGACAGGCGCAAGGUCGAGCGCGCCUUUCUUGCCGGUCAAGUACACAUCCUGUGCUGCACUACCACCCUGGCCACCGGAAUCAAUCUACCUGCCUACUGCGUCAUCAUACGAGGCACCAAACACUACGAUGGGCAGUGGUCCGAGAUGUCGGAGCUCGACAUUAUCCAAAUGAUGGGUCGCGCCGGCCGGCCGCAGUUUGAUCGAAGCGGCGUCGCAGUCAUCAUGUGUGAGGACACGAUGCAGAACCAUUACCGCGAGCUGGUCAGUGGAUCCCGCGACAUCGAAUCUGGCCUGGCUGCCAAUCUUGUGGAGCACGUCAAUGCCGAGAUCGGUCUUCGAGGCAGGACAACCGAGGCGGACAUCGAAGCAUGGAUCCGACAGAGCUUCAUGUGGAUCCGACUGCAGAAGAACCCAACCUACUACCUGGAUCGGGAUGAGGGCAUCGGUCUUGACAGCGUCUCGGAGAUACUGCAGCAUCUCAGCAGUAGGACGCUCUCGGCGCUGGAGUCAGCGUCGCUGAUCAGCCGGUCGGAGGAUUCGGGAAAGAUCGCCUCCACGGAAUAUGGCGACAUCAUGUCGCGCUUCUUCUUGCGACACAAGACCAUGCUGGCGCUGAUGGCGAUGCCCGAGCGUGCAAACACGCGGGCGGUUCUCGAGGCUGUAGCACAAGCAGAGGAGUUCGGAGACCAGAGGCUUCGACAGGCGGAGAAAGGCUUCCUCGCCGGCCUUCGAACACAUGCCGAGAUUCGGUUCCCCCCUCGACAGAUUGCGGGCGUCGCUGACAAGGUGUCAUUGCUCAUCCAGGCGUCUCUUGCCGCCGUCAAUCUGUCGCAACUGCCCAAGCCUCCCCAAGGGGAAGCCAACCCGUUCUCGGACAUCAAGCGAAUCUUCCAGCAUGCUCCUCGGAUUGUCAAGGCCGUCGUAGACAUCGCCAUCUGCCGCCAGGACGGGACUGCAUGCAAAGCUGCCCUCGACCUUGCACGGUCCAUUGCUGCCCAGGCUUGGGAUGGCUCGCCCGCCAUGCUUCGGCAGAUCGACCAGAUCGGAGACCGCUCCAUCAAAGCGCUUGCCAACGCUGGGAUCAGCACGUGGCAGACGCUGGCCAACACGUCGGCGGCUCGAGUCGAGAUGAUUCUCAACCGCAAUCCUCCGUUUGGCAACAAAGUUGUGGCAGCUGCUCAAACCGUGCCACGCAUUGGGCUCGAAGUGGUACAGCGCUCUUCGUCGCCGUCGAAGCCGGUCCUUCCAAGCGACUCCGAGGCCAUGGAUCUCAUGGACCCACAGGCCAGAGACAGAGAGACAUCUCGACCUCAGAUCAAAGUGGUCCUUGACAUCGGCGUAAGGAUCGAGAAUCGCUCGACAUGCAUGCUCAAGAGCAAGACGACCAAGCUUGCCUUGAGCCUUUGCAUUCUGACGCUCACGGCGGAUGGUAACUUUGUCGACUUCCGCCGCAUGCCCAUCUAUCGCUUUACCGGAGAGAAGCGCUUCACCGUCCACGUGGAGCUGAACGACAUUCGCACGCGCAUCCUAACGUACGCUGCAUGCGAUGAGAUCGCAGGGACGACGAUGCAGGCGAGCCUUUUGCCCGUCGAUAUGGCCAACGGAUCCCACCGAGUCCAGGUAGCACGUGCAGAAGUGGGGCAGGGUGGCAGCUGCGCUUCUGACAACGACUCGACGACGCAGGUCCAGGCCGGAAUCACUCCAGCGUCCGCAAAGGGUGCUGCUGCUACACGGAAUGGUCUCGGCAAGAAUCGCGUCCAGGCUCCGGCGGACGGUGACCGUGGACGUGAAGAGCCGGACUCUGAUGAAGAGCUCUUCGGGAAAAGAGACUUGAACGACUCGACGGCGACGAGGAGGUAUCGGUUUCAGGAUCGCUCUGUCGAUGCUAACCACCCCAGCCCAGCCUUGCGAGUGGGCGUCUCAUCAACGCAGCGACCCGAUGGUCCAACCAGCCCGCAAAAGAGGAAGGCGAUCGAGGCUUUGGACGCCGAUGACGACGACUCGCUCGAUCUUUUGGGCCGGCUCGACCGUCUGUUCCCUCAACCCGAGCGCAUCCCCACGCCUGCCGGACCGGUGAGGAUGCCGAGGGGUGACGAGAUGGAUGCCUUGUCGCUGGGAGAGUUGGAGCACCGAGACGGCGAUAAUUCGCCGAUGCACCGCUCGAUGUCCCUCUUUACGGAGUCAAACGCAUCUUCCGCGCCGGCCUCAGCGGCGGUCACAAGCGAAAGACCGCCUCAAAGACGCUUCCUCAAGUCGCUUGGCAAUCCGUCCUGGCUCAGCGGCGCCGGGGCAGCAGACGGAACUGCUCGUCUACCCAAGGCAAGCCAGCUCGAGUGCACGCCUCUCAGGCUCCAAGUCGCCUGCAGAGCCCAGUCAUUGCCAUUGCCCCUCUUUGUCGGCUGUGCCGAAGCUGCUCCGAUGACCAAAAUGCCGAGCAAAGCAGGCACCAAGCAGUCGUCGCUGCUGGGCUUCUUUUCCAAGGCCCCGGCAUCGCAGACACCAGCCAAAUCAGCCGCAUCCCCCCAACGAUCGGCUGCAGGCCCUGUCCCUGUCCCUGCCCCAGCAACGAAAUCGGACUCAAAGAGCGUAGCCAAGGCUGCCUCGCCGCUCAACAAGGCAAAAGGACAGGCGCAGGCGCUCGACACACCUCCUCCCAGCGAGCAUCGAUCGAGCUCGCGUGCCUCUCGCUCCGACGCCAAGCCGGCUCCCAACAGUGCAGCGGAGGAGGCUCCUUCUUCCUCUCCUACCUACCACCGUUCAAGCUCCCUAUCCACCGACAACCUCCUUCCCAUCACACAGGCGCAGGCAGCCACAAAGCCAAAGCCCAGCAAAACAUCCGACUCUGAAGAGCUCACUCCGCCUCCAAGCAGCGACGCCGGCGACAUGGACAUCGACGAGGACGAGGAGGUCGAGCAGCCACUCUUCCGUCGACGCGCCGUAGCAAAGCGACCCGUCACAUAUGCCGAAUCCGACUCGGAAGGCCAUGCCGCUGUCGACAGCGACAGCGAAGACGACAUGCCCACCCGCAAGCGCUCCUCGGCCAAACGCGCGCGCAAGUCCCGCGACGAGGACGACUUUAUCGUUCCCGACGACCACGACGAAGACGACGACCUUCCCAUGGAUGCCGCAGCCGUCUCUGACGAAGACGACGCGCCUGCAGCGUCGGAGGAGAGCGAUGCCGACGACUUUGCUCCGGCGUCCAAGCGCAGCAAAGCCAAGAAGCAGACGACCAAAUCGAGCUCUUCUCCGCCAGCCUCCUCACGACCAGGUCCCACUUCUGCCCUGUCCAACUUUGCCAUGGGUCGUGGCGCAUCGGGCUCAUCUCCAUCUGUGGCUCGCAACGGCGCCAGCAACGGCAGCGCCCGCAGCGGCCCAUCGUCCGCAAGCCUGUCCCACCUCACCAAGGCCGAGCGUCGCGUCAUCGAGGAGAAGCGCAAGCGCGCCGAGAACGAGCAGGCGUACAGCUUCCUCGUCGACCUGCGCGACAAGGACGGCAACCGCCCUGGCGACGCAGAAUACGACUCGCGCACCGUCUUCAUCCCCAAGUCGGCCUGGAAGGAUUUCACGCCGUUCGAGGAGCAGUUCUGGCGCAUCAAGCAGAACCACUGGGACACGGUGCUCUUCUUCCAGAAGGGCAAGUUCUACGAGCUCUACGAAGAGGACGCGCUGAUCGGACAUCGCGAGUUCGACCUCAAGCUCACCGACCGCGUCAAGAUGAAGAUGGUCGGCGUCCCGGAAGCCUCCUUUGACAUCUUUGCGGCCAAGUUCCUCGCGCUCGGUUACAAGGUCGGCCGUGUCGAUCAGACCGAGACCGCCGUGGCCAAGGGCAUGCGAGUCGGCGAGCGUUCGCGCGGCGGCGGCUCCGAGAUCGUCAACCGUGAACUCCGCCACGUGCUCACCAGCGGCACCAUCGUCGACGCCGCCUCGCUGCCCGACGACCUCAACAGCUACUGCGUGUCGAUCAAAGAAGAUGCUGCGGCCGGGCGCAAUGGGCCGCUCUUUGGUGUGUGCACGCUGGAUGCAUCCACAGCCGAAUUCAACCUCACCGAAUUCGAGGACGACGAGUCGCGCACCCGACUCGAGACCCUGCUCCGUUCGCUUCGUCUCAAGGAAGUGCUCCACGAGAAGGCCGGACUCUCGCCGCAGACUCUGCGCGUCCUGCGCAGCACCGUGCCGAGCACGGCACAGAUCACCAUGCUCAAGCCCGGCGUCGAAUUCCUGGAGCCAGAGACCACCCUGAGGAAGCUCAACGCGCUCUUCAACCCCGAUGUGGACGCCGAGGCUCGCGUCGAGACGCUCGAACCCGUCGACCCCGCGCUACUUCCGGAAGGCAUCGCCUCGAUGGUCGACCGCGCUUGUGCCAUGUCGGCGCUCGGCGGCAUGCUCUGCUAUCUGGCCCAGCUCAAUCUGGAUCGCGACCUGUGCUCCAGCCGCAACUUCAACAUCUUUGACCCGCUCAAGCAGGACAAGUGCUUGGUGCUCGAUGCCCAGUCGCUCACGCAUCUCAACGUCCUGCAAAAUGACGAGGGCACAGAAGAAGGCACGCUCCACCGCCUCCUCAACCGUUGCGUGACACCAUUUGGCAAGCGUCUCUUCAAAAUCUGGCUGGUGGCACCCCUCGCGACGGCAGACGCGAUCCGAGCGCGUCAAGACGCCGUCGAGGACCUGCUCAAGUAUCCCGGCUUCGGCGACGAAUUUGAAACAUUUGGCAAGACGCUGCCCGACAUCGAGCGCAUCGUGCCUCGUGUGCGCGCAGGCAAGUGCAGGCCGCGCGACUUCACCGCCGUCCUCAAGGCUCUCACCCGAUUCGAAAAGUCGGUCCGACAGCUCCGAGCCCAGUGCGAUGGCUUCGAGACUGCGGUGAUCAACGACCUGCUCGAGUCCAUCCCGGCGGUCUCGCCCAUCGCGCGCGAGCUGCAGUCGAGCUUCAAGAUGACCGAGGACGGCUCCUUCAAUCCGAUCGAGGGCGCCUUCGAGCCGUACGACCGCGCCGAGGCUGCCAUCGCCAAGGUCGAGGCGCAGCUCGAGCACGAGAUCGAUUCGUACCGCAAGCAGCUCAAGCUGACCUCGGCCAAGUGUGCGUGGAAGCAUCUCGGCACCAAGGACAUCUUCCAGAUCGAAGUGCCCGUCUCCACCAAGGUGCCGGCCAACUGGACCAAGCUGAGCGGCACCAAGGACCGCAACCGCUGGUAUUCGCCCAAGGUGCGCGAUCUGGUGCAGGACAUCAAGGAGGCACGCGAGACGCGCCUCGCCGCUCUCAAGCAGUUCCACCAGAGCCUCUUUGCGAGCUUUUCGGAGCAGAGCGACGUCUUUCUGCAGGCCGUCAAGACUGUGGCCGAGGUCGACUGCCUGCUCUCGCUGGCCAAAUCGUCGUACGCGAUCGGCGAGCCGUCUUGCCGACCCGAACUGGUGGAGCACGAGACGGCGCUGCUCGAGUUUGAAGAGUUGCGACACCCGUGCAUCGCUGGCGAGAACGUCGACUUUAUUCCGAACGACAUCCGGCUGGGCGGCAAGAACGACGAGGUGGUCAUCCUGACCGGAGGCAACAUGGCGGGCAAGAGCACCACGGCGCGCACCAGCGCCACUGCGGUGAUCCUGGCGCAGCUGGGAUGCCGUGUGCCCGCAGCGAGCGCGCGCCUGUCGCCGGUGGACCGCAUCGCGUCGCGCAUGGGCGCCAACGACCAGAUCUUCCGCAACAACAGCACGUUCAUGGUCGAGAUGCUCGAGGCGUCGCGCAUCAUCAACGAGUGCACGCCGCGCUCGCUGGUCAUCAUGGACGAGCUGGGCCGAGGCACGAGCACGUUUGACGGCCAGGCGAUCGCCUUCGCCGUGCUGCACCACCUCGUCAGCCGGACGCGCUGCCUCACCUUCUUCCUCACGCACUACACGAAUCUGGCGUACGACUUUGACUCGUACGCGCGCGUCAGCAACAAGCACAUGCAGGUGCUCGUCGACGACGCCAAGCGCGAAGUCAUCUUCACAUACCGUUUGGUGGAUGGCAUCGCCGAGUCUUCGUACGGCACUCAGGUGGCUGCGCUUGCUGGCGUGCCGCACGAGAUCUGCGACCGUGCUGCGGCGGUGUCGAAGCAGUUCGCAGAUGCGACCAAGGCAAGCCAGGCCGAGAAGAAGGGCAGCGCGAUCCCGCUGGCGCUGCUGAGCGACUUUGUGCACCUGGUCAAGCUGGCCAAGCAAGAGGCGCCUGUCUCGAGCGAUCGCAACGCUGAAGCCAAGGCACUCGCGACGCUGUCGCAGCUCGACAUCAUCCGCUCGCAAGUAGCUGCGCUGAGCAAGGGAGCUGCUCCCGCCCCCCUGACUUCUGGAAGCCCUGCUGGAAGCGAGGAACGGACCGAUGCUACGAGUCAGCCGAGCGAGCCGGUGCGAACGGCUGCUAAAAAGGUGACGACGUACGCCGGACGCAAUCGACGAGCGCUGACCGAGGAUCCGUUGGCGCCGACGAGCAUUCUUUCGCGCAACGUGGACGAAGACGAAGCGAUGCCAAAGGCGCAAAGCAGUCCGAUCCUUGGUGCCACGCACACGCCGCUGUUCCCGACGAUGCGGGCAGCCAAGACUGCGAACCGCAAGGCUGGCUCCAAGCCGAGCUCGACAAGUUCAGUACGGGAGCCAGAGCAGCUCAUUCUGGACCUGGGCCAGCGAAUUCGAAUGCGCUGCGCAGAGUGCGACAUGCAGUACGAUUCGUCGUCGGCCGAGGACUGUGCGCUGCAUGCGCGCCACCACGAGCGCACCGUACGCGGGCUGGACUGGAGCGCCAAGGCGCUUGUAGUGUGGGGCGAGGCGGUCGCGCAAGUGACGCUUACGCGACCUUCCAUCAAGACCGCCCUGCGCGGAAAGCAAGUCGACGGAGGAGGAGCAACAGGCCAGGCGGAAGCGGUGACGAUCCGAUGCUACGACAUGGCGACUCUCAAAGACGCCGUGGCGAAUCGCAAGAUCACGGAGCUCUUGGAGACAGUGGACGAGGCGUUGGGAGCAGCCGCGAUGGAUGCAGCUAGCGUACGGACGUGCAAGGUGCUGGUAGCAGUGUGCGGGGGCCGAGCAGCAGGUGCAGCGGUUGUAGGACGGGUGCCUGCAGGCCAGGCGCGCGAGGUGCUGCCAUCCAACACGGACAAGGAGAACCGCACCGACGACGAAGCUGGCUCGACACGGGCGGGGACGGUGUGGAACGAUGCGGGCGAUGCGAUCUUUGUUUCGGAUGCGUUGUCGGCCUCACAGACGCCGCCGGUCGGGGUGCACCGCAUCCACGUGAUUGCGAGCUGGCGCCGCUCGGGCAUGGCGAGCGCGCUGCUGGAUGCAGCCGCCGACAACAGCGUGUAUGGCUUUGACCUGCAGGGGCUCAUCAGGACGUAUGGCAGCCGCGCAAAGGCAGUCGCGUUCAGCCAGCCCACCGAAGCCGGCCGCCAGCUGGCCGAGGCAUGGAUCCGCAAAGGCGCGCCCUCGACGACGAGCAGCCCCACACGCCUGAUCGUCUUUGAGGCGUAA